AUGCGUCGGAAUGGAGUGGGGAUCUUAGUGGAUGAGGAGCUUAGAGAGCAGGUGGUGGAGGUUAAGAAGGUUAGUGAUAGGCUGAUGAUGAUUACUCUGGUCGUUGGGGGGUUUCGCUGCAUGUGUGUUGUGUUUAUGCUCCGCAGGGAUGACGAGGGAGCUGUUUUGUUGGAUUUUGCUAGGGCCUUUGGGUUGGUGGUGGUGAAUUCGAGCUUCCCGAAGAAAAAGGAUCACCUAACUACCUUUCGAAGCGCGAUAGCUAAGACUCAGAUCGACUUUCUGUUGCUUAGGAAGGAGGAUGGGGCUCUUUAUAGGGACUGUAAAGUCAUUUCGAGUGAGCAUCUUUCGACCCAGCACAGACUUCUAGUGAUGGACUUGAUUAUCAAGAAGGGAAAGAAGAAAAGGGCCGAAGAGGAUCGGCCUAAAAUUAGGUGGGGUGGCUUGACACCAGGUAGUGCAUUAGAGAUUGAGGAGAAUGUAGCAGGUUUGGGGGUAUGGAGGUGCAGGGGGGACGUGGAGACUAUAUGGGAUAGGGUUGCUAGUUGCAUCACGAAAGCUGCUAGAGAAUUUUUAGGUGUUUCGAGGGAGGAGAAGCGGGUGAAUAGGGAAGCCUAUAAAGUUGCUAGAAAGAAAGCUAAGCUUGCAGUCACGGCAGCUAAGACUGAGAGGAAGGGUCGGGACUUAGACCAAGUGAAGUGCAUUAAAGGAGAGGAUGGUAUUGUUUUGGUGGAAGAUGUCCACAUUAAGAGGAGAUGGCUGCAGGAGUAUUUCCAUAGGCUUUUGAACGAGGAGGAGGAUAGAGGCAUCGAGUUAGAAGAGCUGGAACGCUCAGAGGCUUAUGACAAAGUUUCGAGGGAGGUUCUAUGGAGAUGUUUAGAGGCCAAAGGGGUCCCGGUGGCGUACAUCAGAGUUAUUAAGGACAUGUACGACGGAGGAAAGACUCGGGUGAGAACGGCAAAAGGAGACUCAGAGCAUUUUUCGAUCGAGGCAGGGUUGCACCAGGGCUCGACUCUUAGUCCAUUUCUGUUUGCAUUGGUGAUAGACGUGUUGACACGGAGUAUUCAAGGGGAGGUACCGUGGUGUAUGUUGUUCGCUGAUGAUGUAGUGUUGAUUGUUGAGACGCGGGCGGGUGUGAAUGAAAAAUUGGAGGUAGCGAAAAUAAAAAUGUUGCGUUGGAUGUAUGGACUUAUCAGAGUGGAUAGAGUCAGGAAUGUGACCGUUCGGGAGAAGGUCGGAGUGGCUUUGUUGGAGGAUAAGAUGCGCGAAGGAAAGUUGAGAUGGUUUAGGCAUGUGAUGAGGAGGGGCACGAAUGCCCUAGUUCGUAGGUGCGAGAGGUUAGCGUUAGAUGGCUUCAGAAGAAAGAGAGUUGCUUCACUUUAA